AUGUUUCGGCGCUAUCUAACCGUUUUACUUUACUUUGUCGUUCUAUCCUUGUUCGUCUUUACCACCUUAGCUCAGAAGCAAGAGACCAACAAUGUGUUCAACACAACCUCAUGUCUGGAAAAACCAUACCGGUGUCCGCAUCCACGCAUCAAGUUCUACCUUUACACACGCCGGACGCAGCAGAAGCCCGAAUUGAUCGACGUGCUGGACCCGGAGUCGCUCUACUACACGCACUGGAACCCAUCGCAUCCGGUGAAGAUCGUCAUCCAUGGAUUCGGUGGCGGACGAAACCUUUCACCCAGUCCGGACAUGCGGAAAGCAUACUUCACUCGAGGCAAUUAUAACAUCAUCAUCGUGGACUACGGAUCGGCCGUAACGGAACCUUGUCUGAGCCAGAUCGAGUGGGCUCCCCGGUUCGGAAGUCUCUGCGUAUCCCAGCUGGUCAAGUACAUUGCAAACCAUCCGCGUGGAGUUCCUCCGGAUGAUAUGCACCUGAUCGGAUACAGCGUCGGAGCGCACAUUGCCGGUCUGGUGGCGAACUACCUGACUCCUACCGAGGGAAAACUGGGCCGAAUUACUGGUCUUGAUCCGACGAUCUUCUUUUACGCCGGUGCGAACAAUUCCCGCGAUCUCGAUCCGUCCGAUGCGCACUUUGUGGACAUCAUUCACACCGGGGCGGGCAUUCUGGGACAGUGGAGCCCGGGAGGUCAUGCGGAUUUCUACGUCAACGGUGGUACCAGCCAGCCGGGAUGCGCCAGUUCCACCAUUUUUCAAACACUGGCGUGUGAUCACACUAAAGUGACACCAUAUUUUAUCGAGUCCAUCAAUAGCGAACGAGGGUUCUGGGCCGGUCCUUGUCCUACGCUGAUAUCCUACCUUCUCGGUUGGUGUGAGCCGAAAGAUUCCGAUUACGUCCUCAUGGGAGAACAUCUGUCACGGAGAGCACGUGGAGUGUACUAUGUCACCACAAAUGCGAAACCUCCAUACGCUCGUGGAUUCCCGGGCAAAAACCGACGGACGGCCAAAAACUCCGACUAUGCCGGUGUCCGGCGAAAGUAGAAACCGGUGAGGUGGAAGAGUAUUCGUCAAAAGCAACAUGGUUGUGAUAUUCCGCGCGCAUAAUGAACAACGAAACAAUAGAGA